UCGGUCCGCGCCCGCGGUCGUAGAUCAAUCAACGCUUUGUGAAAAGCCUGAGAGAGAGAGAAAAAAAAAUCAAAAGGCAAAAGCAACUGAAAUGAGCGGAGCCUCGACGGCGGCGUAUUUAGCUCGAAGAGCGGCGCAAAAGGAGAGGGUUCGGAUCCUCUACCGCCGUGCCCUGAAAGACACACUCAACUGGGCCGUCCAUCGCCACCUCUUCUAUCAAGAUGCUUCUGACCUUCGCGAGAAAUUCGAAGCCAACAAGCAUGUGGAAGAUCUUGAUACAAUCGACAAAAUGAUAGAUGCAGGUGAAGCAACUUAUAAUAAGUGGCGGCAUCCCGAUCCUUAUAUCGUUCCUUGGGCUCCUGGUGGUUCCAAGUUUACUCGAAACCCUGUCCCACCUUCUGGGAUCGAGAUUUUGUAUGAUUAUGGUCGAGAAGAAAAUGACUAAGACAUCCAUCUUUUCAACUUCCCCAGAAAUAAAGUUGAUGCAGGUCUAAAGGAUCGUUGAGUGUGUAACGAGUGGUCUGGGACAGCAACUAAUUUGCAUUACCUCAAUUGAAACGAGAUAAGGCUUUUAAUAACAUUUAUGGUGAUUCUCCAUUGUGCUUAUUGUUGUGUGCCUGGUGUUUUGUAUAAUAAAAGAUCAUUGGUCUGAUUGAAGGUACAAAAUGCUUGCUUACAUGGCAUGGAACUACAACGAUCUUGAAUCUUUCUUGUCAUAAACUAUAUUUCUCUUAAUUUCAUAUGCAGUUUUUUUUAUAAA